UGUGUCAUUGUUACUCCCCUACUGGGCUCGCAGAAAGCUAAAUCUACAGCCGCAUACCGACACCCAGAUUCAGACCAAACCACACAACCUGACCAGUCCAAGUAACUCUGUGAGGACUUGAAGUGAAGGUAUAUUGGACUUUCCCUUGAAGUGUGAAGUAAUUUUUCUGACAACUCUCUGAGGCAUCGCUUGUCGGCUAAGCUAGCAGGAAGAGCUAACGACAGUUGGCUAAAAACUCCUGCUCCGGUGAAAAGAGACCACUGAAGGCUGCUGGACUCGACAGUUCCAGCAAUGUGAGCUGCUCUGAUGUAUGGACUUGGACAUUGUUGCAGCCUCUGGUUGAGACAGCUUUCAAGCUGGUCUGGAGGACAGAACCACUGCAUUGGAGUUAACAUCAGACAGACCUGCAGCUGAUCAGGUGCAUGCUGGCCUGGAGUGCAGCAUAAAUCCUCAGAGAAGCCUCCUCUCCUCUCCUUCCCUCCCUCUGUUCACCAUAAAGCAUUACUAUGCCUCUGGGUUUAGGAAGAAGGAAGAAGGCCUCUCCGUUGGUGGAGAACGAAGAAGCAGAGCCGAUCCGUGCUGGUCUCAAUGUGUCGGGUAUGGAUGGUCUAGAUGGAGGUGUCGUUGGGUUGGGUGAAGGUGCCACCUCUGAAGGUCUGCCCCCUCCACCCAGCAGCAUGCGACCUCGUCUCAUCUUCCACACUCAGCUUGCUCACGGCAGCCCAACAGGCCGUAUCGAGGGCUUCAGUAAUGUUCGGGAGCUCUAUGCCAAGAUUGGAGAGGCCUUUGGGAUACCACCAUCUGAGGUCAUGUUUUGCACUUUGAACACUCACAAGGUGGACAUGGAUAAACUCUUGGGAGGUCAGAUUGGGCUAGAGGACUUUAUUUUUGCCCACAUUAAAGGACAGCGAAAGGAAAUCGAGGUGUACAAAGGAGAGGAUGCAUUAGGGCUGACGAUCACCGAUAAUGGAGCUGGCUAUGCUUUCAUCAAGAGAAUCCGAGAGGGCAGCAUCAUCCACCAGAUCCAGGUCAUCAACGUGGGCGAUAUGAUCGAGUCGAUCAACGGCCAUCGUCUGAUUGGAUGUCGACACUACGAGGUGGCAAAGAUGCUGAAGGAGCUGCCCAAAGGGAAGAUGUUCACCAUCAAGCUAACUGAGCCUCUCAAGGCCUUUGAUAUGAUAAGCCAGAGGUCUGGAGGGUCCAGAUCAGCGUCUGGGGUUCAGCUGGGGACCGGCAGAGGAACUCUGCGGUUACGCUCUAAAGGACCCGCCACUGUGGAGGAACUGCCGUCUGCAUUUGAGGAAAAGGCCAUAGAGAAGGUGGAUGAUCUACUGGAGAGCUACAUGGGCAUCAGAGACAGUGAGUUGGCGGCGACCAUGGUGGAGCUGGGAAAAGACAAGAAGAACCCUGACGAGUUUGCAGAGGCUCUAGAUGAAACUCUGGGAGACUUCGCCUUCCCAGACGAGUUUGUUUUCGACGUCUGGGGCGCCAUCGGCGAUGCUAAGGUCGGGCGGGUUUAACCACAAACACUAACGGAGUAGACCAACCUGUGUGUGCGUGACACCCACAGCAUUCAGCACUACUAGGAAACACAACACUACCGUCAUGAGUUUGUUUUUUUUCCAGUGUAUAUCCCUACUAUUUUAAUUUAGAGUGCACUCUGUUGGGAGACUGUGCCACACAAAGAGGAUGAUGGCAGGGAACGGGAGAAGGAGCAACUGUGAUGACUUCCCAAGUGCUUUUAUUUGUCUUCCGGCUUUUCCAGAAACUACAAGCACGCUGAUGAGCAUUUCCCUACAUGACCCUGCAUGUCAUUGUUGUAGUUUCUGGCAGUGGAACAAGAACAGCACAAGUUAUAACACGGGAGAAAUGAAAGACUACAGCUAACACAAAGUAGAUCUUUGACACUUAGCAAAAAGAAAAUGUGAUGUUAUCCCUCAGCAUUUCUCUGUGUUGCACUGCGCCGUAGACCAACGCCAGGACUGAGCAGAGAUUACACUGUAUUUUAUCUUGGUGAGCGACACGGUUAUUUCAGAGCCUCCCUGAAUGACGGUUUCAUCCUGAACCACUCAGUGUUACUGUUAUUGGUGAAUUUUACAAGCAUGUGCUGUUAUAUCUUUAUCUUCUUCAUGAACUCUGCUGGUUUUAUGUUUUUAUUUGGUCAAAGAGGAAACUGAAGUUGCUAAAAGGCUCAUCGUAAAGUGUAGCUGGCUGACUAAAAGAUCAGUGGCGUUGGAUCACUGUUAACACACUCCAUGCUGUAAUGAAGUUAACUGCAACACAUUUCUGUCUUACUUUCAGGAAAUCAGUGUUAAUGUACUUUUUUUUAAAUUGAAGGUCAUUGUGUGAGAACGAGAAGUGGAUUGGUCUCCAAGUCUGUGGAGUGUCUUGACUUACUGGUAUUUUUUUUAUAGCUAGUGUUUUUAUAUAAAGUGAUGUGACGUCUAUUUUAAAACGAUGCUUGUGGAUCAGAUGUUUUCAUGCAUUACAGAAGACAGUAUUAAAGAACAGAAAGUCAUGGGAUGGACCAGUUUUGUGAAAAAAAGAAAGGGAGAGAAAAAAAUGCCUUCAUUUCUUCUCAUUUCAAGCAUUUUUAAAAGUUUUUGUUUGCAUUCUUGUGAAUGGUGCUGAAGAUACCGUCAGUGGGAGCAGAGCGAUACCAAACUACUUCAAAAGGUGACGUGUGUCGUUCAUAGAGGAGAAAGAAGAGGCACCAACUACUCCAUAUAGACAAACGUGUCUUAAGAAAACCUUUUGGUGUUAACCUUUCAGUAAUUCCAUCUGUAAUCUGUAUGAAGCUAUUUGUUGUUUUGUUUCAUUCUUCAGAGCUGAUGAAUAUCAAUGAGUUAUGUAAUGAAACUGAUGCUAGAGCACUGUAACACUGAGGAGAACACAUUAUUCUGAUGGCUUUGUAUUACACUGUUAUCAAUGUCCAAUUAUAAUGCGAUAACAACCACA